AUGCCGCCUGGUAAGCAGUCGAAGCAUGAGGCGUCGCCGAUUCCGUCCGCACCAGCCGGGUCGACCACGUCCCAGACGCCCCCAGCAACGGAUUCUACUACCCCUUCAGCCUCCCAAUCCACAUCGGACCAGCCCUCCGCUCCACCUCGCUCCGCCGCCAAUGAGGUCUAUCUCGUACCGGAGAUCCGCCAAAGCAUCCUCGCCUAUCUGGAUAAGGUGGACGUGACGCGUUUCAUGCGGGUGGAGAAGAAGGCGGUAUUUGAUGCGGCGAAGGAGCUGUAUCGGGUAGUAGAUCUUGGAAGGGUUCGCAACAAGAUGAGUAUGACCACCCUGCGGCAGCGUACCUACUGCGCAGCUGUAACCGAAGUCCAGAUAUCACCGGCCGAUAUCGCCAAGUCCAAACCACUGCGCGCCAAGCUGGGAAUUGCGUCCCUCAAAGGUGACAGGUUGAUGGAGAGGCUUCAAGGGUACCAGACGAGAGUCUGUCGGAUGCUCUUGGAGGAUCUCAGGCGGAAAUGUCCCAAUCUCCGAAAGAUCACCUACACUCCCUCCAGCUCAUGGCCUGAUAAUCGCGAGCGAUGGGUGGCGUUCAUCGACUCAGCGCGGACGCCGUACGACACCGCCAAGAAAACAACGGCCACACUUGGCAGCGGGACCAUCGUGGCCUUUCGCACGUGCAUUGUGGACGUCAGCUCCCAUCGGCCGUCCGAUUACUUUGCGUCCAACCCGGUCGCACAGCUCACUCCCCCGUCGACUGAUUAUGCUGUGCAGCAAGUCUUCAAUCUCGAGCUACGCCACCGGUCAGGUCAAUACUCGGAUCUAUGGCUCGCUCACCUCCGCGAAGAGUCGUCCUACAGCCAUCUAUACCAAGAGAUUGGCCUCGGCGAACUACCGGUCAAACUUUCGGACAUCACUCGACUAUACCAACUCCAGAUUUCAGAGGGGGGCAAAGAAAGGCUAGCGUGUAUCCGCGCUCCUCAUACCCUUCCCUACUCCCUCUCCUCCUUCGAUGAAUUCGCACACAUCGCUUCAUCGUCGUUGACGGAACUCCACCUCGCCGGCGCUUCAUAUCCCCCGGUACACGAGCAUCAUCUGCUGAUCUCAUUCGCCGAAAUCCCCUCGCUCAUCGAGAUCAUCGGAUCGCAUUUGACGCGCCUGCAGGUCCUCUCUAUCCCGCUGAGGGGCAUCGAGAGCGCGGAGAGCGUGUGCCGAGGCAUGCUGCGCCCUGACACGCUCUCACGGAGAGGCACCCUCGCGUACAUUCGCGUCCUAGCGGGGUCGUCGGACACCUCAAUCUUCAACAUACUCCGUGUCCUUUCAGUGCUCGGCACUUCCAAACUAGGGUCACUGGAGAUUGAAACGUAUGAGCAUCGGAUAUGGCCAAGGUCAGAGCAAAUGCCCUUCAUCAGCCAUCUGCGAUCACACCUGUCAACCGUCGACUUCCGUAGCAUCGGCGUCACUAUCCUGGCCGACGUCCGCAGACUCGAAUACAAUGCGGACGGAACACCGCGCAGUCUUGCGGGGACACGAGCGUCCGCGCUCGUCGACCGCCUUCUCGCCAUCGGGACACUUGUUCCAUCUAUCGCCCUAUCGAGCUUCCAGAAGGCUCUGCAGGGAUGGAAGGAGGUGGUAGAAGUGUUCCAAGGGACGGGUUGGCAGGCGGAGACCGUCGACAAGGCCAGAUCGUGCCUGGCGGAAUGGAGGCGGACCAGGGCAGAGUCGGCGGAGGCUUGGGAGGACAUGGGGGAGCCAUCUAUUUGGGCUAGCGCGGCUGGAGUGGAAGCCGGGCCGCGUCUCUCACCGUCUCCGCCUGUCCCUCCGUCUAGAGUCAUCAGCCGAACGGGCUCGUCACAUACCCCAACAAGGCGGGCGAACAAGCGCGCGAAGAAGGCAAUCACCCCGGAAUCCCCUCUCCCAGCGGCUGCCAUACCUCCAUCAGCUCAAGCAACGGCCCCCAUCGCCGUCCCGGCCGAAAGCCAUGAAUCGGACAUCAAGAAGUAUGGGAUCCUCGGCUAUCCCGAGAUCCGGCAGCACAUCCUCGGCUACCUGUCCCACCAAGAUCUGCAGACCUUUAUGCGCGUGUGUCGGAGAUUCGUCUUUGACGUGGCGCAGAGGUUCUGGAAGAGCGUAAGCUUCUUGGUGAUGAGAACCAAGAUGAGCACAAAGACGGAGCGUCGCCUCACCUACUGCGCUGCCGUGACGAAAGUAUACGUGCGCGAGGGAGACAUCCCGGACGGCAUGUUGCGGGCGAUGGGAAUCCAGCCCGCAGAAGCGUCCAGACGUCUGAAGGGCUACAGCCCUGAGUUAUGCGCGUACCUCAUCGACGUCAUCAGGAAGAAGUGCCCGGGGGUGAGGAGGGUGGUGUACGAGGAGGAAGAGCCGGAGCAGAACGGGUGGUGGGUGGCCCACAUCGAUCCCCCUCCACUCGCGGAAGUCGUCAACGGUAUAUCCAUGGCCCCGACCAGUAUCGCCAAUACGGGUACCGUCGAGAUCGUCCGUAUCCAUCGGCCGGAUCACACAUCCUGUCCCCAAUCUCCCUCUGCUUGGAGCAAACCUCCUUCGGCCGGUUACUCCGUCCAAUCGCGAUUCAAUCUCCAACCUAGCUUACCCGAUCCACUCGCCCCUGCUGCCAGUAGCCAGACGUGGCUGAAAGCUAUGCGGGGCGACAACAUCUUCGGCAACAUCUAUGACACUGCCAAUUUCGGCGACCUACCCGUCGAGCUCGGCGACGUCACUCGCCUCUACCAGCUGCAGAGCAAAGCAGGGCACACUCAGCGGCUCUCUCGCAUCUCCGCUCCUCAUGGGACUGAGGGUGCAGAGGCGACCUGCCGCACUAUGCUCUCCCCCGACACCCUCUCCCAACGGGGAAGCAUCUCGGAGCUCCACAUCCACACUCCGCCAAUGCAAGGUCCGCGUUUCAACCUGCUUCGUGCAGUUCUUCCCGCCUGCACGGAUCGUCCGGUGUUAUGGGUCCUGCCCCUGUACUACCCCUGGGGACACGGUAUACGCCACUACGCUGAUCCGCGGCAAGCGCAAUACAUCAGCUUCAUGAGAAAUCAGUCACCCACCCGCCAACGUCAUCUCUCUGUCGUCGACUUUACCACAUUGGGCGCCGAUAUCUUCUAUGCAGUCACCAAUCUACAGUUCCACGCGGACGGUCGACCCAAGCAUCGAGCCGAGACCAAGGCGACCGAGUGGGCGUCCACCCUGCGGCCACUCGAAGCGCUUGUCCCGCGCAUGAGGGCGAGCGGAGCCGCCCUCGCAGACGCAAUGCAAGACUGCCUCGACCGCUCCGCCGACCAUUAUGAGAGCAUCUCAUGCUUGGCGACUCCCAGCGAAAUGGCCGACGGCGCAUCGGCGUUGCAGGAGGCGUAG